AUGGCCGCCGCCGUCCCCUUUUCUGAUUUCGCCACCAAUCCCUCCAACCCCUACUAUCUCCACCCUAACGAAAAUCCCUCACUUGUCCUCGUCACUCCCCUUCUUGAUCAUACCAACUACAACUCAUGGUCAAAAGCCAUGAAAGUUUCACUAAUCUCAAAGAACAAACUCCGCUUCAUUGAUGGCACCUUCGCUCAACCCGCCGCCGACACCACUCUUUACGAUCCCUGGCUUCGAUGCAACAACAUGGUCCUUUCUUGGCUGCAAAAAUCGGUUUCUGAAACCAUUGCUCAAUCAAUUUUGUGGAUUGAUAAUGCAUCAGUUGUUUGGAAAAAUUUAGAGACACGGUUUUCUCAAGGCGAUAUAUUCAAAAUCUCCGAUCUUCAAGACGAUCUCACCAACCUGCAUCAAGGUACCCUCGACGUUUCCACCUAUUUUACCAAACUCACAUCUCUUUGGGAACAAAUUGACGCAUUUCGACCAACUCGGGAUUGUACUUGUGCUAUUCCAUGCACCUGUGGCGCUGCCUCGGAUCUUCGUCGAUACAAAGAUCAAGAUCGUGUUAUCAAGUUUCUUAAGGGCCUAACUGAUCAAUUCUCUACGGUUCGCUCUCAGAUUCUUCUGUUGGAUCCUCUCCCCUCCCUUGACAGGACUUUCUCCAUGGUUCUUGGCCAGGAAAGACGUUCCACCACCAUCCCUGUUGAAUCACCAGACCCACCUUCAUUAGCUAUGCAAUUUCAACCUUCUAACAACUAUGGGGGAGCUCGCGGCAAUGGUUCUUCUCGCGGUCGCGUCCGCUCCUUUCCGGGUCGUGGUGCUUCUUCACAACGCAUAUGCACUCAUUGUGGUCAUAACAAUCACACCAUCGAUACCUGCUUCAUGAAACACGGCUACCCUCCCGGUAAAUACUAUCUUGUAGAUUCAGGAUACCCGUCACUUAAAGGUUUCUUGGCACCAUACAAGAAUGCAAGAAGAGACUCAAGUGACUUGGAUAUUCUUGAAAGUUUAGAGAACAUCAAUGGUUUACAAGACAAUGAGCAAGAUUUUCAUGAAGGAGAUGGAAAUGGUGUACCUACUCACGUCAUGAAAAAAGAUCCAAUUUCGGCUACAAGGGUUAGACAUAGACAAAGAUGUAAUGAAGCAAAACAGAAAGAUGAAAAGACACACAAUCAUGAACUUUGCUCUUCUUUUGUGAAUCUUCCACUCCAUCUCACUACUCACAUUUUCCUUCAACUUCCAAUUAAGUCUCUUCUCAGUUGUAAAUGUGUCUGCAAAGAUUGGAAAACUAUGAUUUCAGAACCACAUUUUACUAAACUGCAUUUUGAACAGUCACAGAAUACUCUUAUGAUCCGAACCAACCACUAUGAUCGAGUAUCAAGAACCUUAUAUCUCCUUGAAUGUGAACCGGAAAAGUUUGACAUUGGAAGUGAUAAUCGCGUGAAGCUUGAGCCUAUAUGCACGCUUCCUCUUCGUGAUGACAAGUUAUUUAGAGAGGAGAAAGGAUACUCGAUCAAGAAUAUUUUCAAGUGUGCUAUUAGCGUUGCGAGAUUAUUUUGGGAGAAAAGGGAAACCCUUUAUAGUUCUUGCAACCGUAAACAUGGUAAGUUUGAUAUUGUGAAUUCUUGUAAUGGCUUACUUUGUUUGUGUGAACCAUCUACAGAAAACCCUAUAGUGGUUUGCAAUCCAGUCACUGGGGAGUUUAUAAGACUUCCUGGAGAUAGUAUGAGUCCUUCUAGGUUAAACACAGCGCGUGUAAGAGCGCAUGGAUAUGCUAGUCUUGGUUUCCAUCCUAAAGUUAAUGAAUAUAAGGUGAUAAGAAUAUGGACUAGACAUGUCAGACACGCCAACUUUUGGGCGUUUGAGCGUCUCACGGUUGAUAUACACACACUUGGGACGUCGUUAUGGAGAAACAUUGAAGUGGAUCCUGAAAUUUCUAUUUUGAGACUUAGCGAUCCCACUUAUAUUAAUGGUGUAGUUCAUUGGAUAGAGUUUAAAGGUAUAAUAUUGUGUUUCUGUUUUGAAACUGAGAAGUUGAAGACAUUUCCUUCUCCUCCGGGUAUGGUUAAAAAUCAUGCAAAUGGAAUUUAUAAUUACUUGCGUAGAAUGGGAGAAUUGAAGGGAAUUCUUUACAUUUGUGACUCGACCGAUUUUUCUAAUAUUACAAUGUGGGUUAUGAAUGAAUACGGCAUUGGAGAGUCAUGGAGUAAGGUUUACAACAUUUCUAACUUGCCUAAUCCGCUUCAAUGGCAUUAUGGAUAUUGUUUUCCAGUAAAACAGUUUGAAGAAAGUGCUGCAUUGUUGUAUAAUUGUUUGGAUUGUUUUUUAUACUAUGAACCUGAGAAAUAUGGAUUCAAAAUAUUUGAAAUUAAUGGGUCUGGUUCACAGUAUUUUGAAGUAAUUCCACAUAUUCCAAGUCUAAUCUCAUUAAAGGAUGCUGUUAAAGGAGACAAUAUUAAGGUGUUGAAUUUCCACUCAAGGUAUGCGAAGAUUAAAUUGCAGGAAGAAGAUGAAGUUAUUUUCAUGUCUCAAAAGUUUGUUUAG